AUGGCUUCCCUCGGGGAUAUCAUCUUCUACAGCAUGAUUGUCCUCAUUGUCUUAUUCUCAGCCCUCAUCAUCCUCCUCUUAGCCUUGGCCUUCUCAGGUGAGUCCUCUGAGGUGUCCAGCACCAACACUCUGCCCAUUGCCAACCUCGGCCAGGACGUCGUCCUCAGCUGCUUUCUCAAUGUCAAACUUGAACUAGCCAAACUCAGACAGGUGUCAGUCACCUGGGAAAAGGAAGACCUAGAUGGGCUCGUUCAUCGUUACGUGGAUGGAGCAGCAGAUCUGGUGGAUCAGGACUCCCAGUUCAAAGGGAGGACUCAGGUGUUCCCAGAGGCUUUAGGUUCAGGGAACGCCUCCCUGCUGAUGCGGGAUGUGAGAAACAGCGACGCAGGGCAGUACACCUGCAGGAUCAGCUCCUCUGAGGGCGGCGGGAUGGUGAACAUUCAGCUUAGGACAGCAGCCUUUACAGCCCCCAACUUCAAGUUCUCAAAUGGCGUCCUGGUUGCAGAGGCCAGCAGGUGGUUUCCCAAACCAAACAUCACCUGGUCAGACGAGGCUGGGAACGUCCUGAACGGGACUACGAGCUUCACACAAAACUCUGCUGGGAUUUACAGAGUGGUCAGCACGGUUCAGGCAGUCAAUGUCAGCGACACCUACACCUGCAGGAUUGAAAACGAGCUAGUGUCUGCUGUUUCUAAGGCGACAGUUACAGACACUGAAGUUUUUAGGAGGACAUACUUCACUUUCAACGCUGCAUCAACCCUGCUGGCAUCCAUAUACCUGAGCACUCUGGCCACCAUACUCUACAUCUAUUAUCUGGCCUCAUAA